CUUGUGGCCCGUGGGACAUUCCCCCAGGUCCCAUUCGAACUUCUUCCCAACCCAGGCAAGAACACACCCGGACUGUACGGUACACAACAUACACACAGGACAGGACUGGGAGGUUCUGCUGGUGGACGUUUUGGUGUUGCGCAAGGAGUUGGUUGUCGGCCGCCAACUGCACACCUUCGCGGUAGGGUCUCGCUCAGCCAACCCUCAUCCUUUUCUGGUGGCCGUCAUUUGAGUGUUAGAGUAGCUUAGGACAGAUUAGUUGCCUUCGUACAGAAGCGCGGUUCCCGCGUAUAGAAGCAGACGAUAAAGAUGGUCGCAUAUAGUCUGGACCGAGAAGUUGAACGCAGUUACCACGCGCCGUUGACCCUUGCGUUCACCGGGUACGCUAAAGCGGAGGCCCCGCCGAAUAGGCGCAACACGAACGAUACUACGGACGCUGGACGAUCUAGCCGUCGGGAGCGACCAUCCACCAAUGAUGUGGGAGCCGAACGUUUACAGCCCCGCCGCUUUCACCCUCGCCGAGAGCAAACAACGCGCAACGGGGAUAACUCACUGACGUAUGGCGCUCAACGCCGUAACUUUCUCCUCGACUUUGUGCGAUAUGUCGCCGAUCAGACGGACCUUCCGAAGACAUGGGACGAAUUCAGAGAGUUAUACAGCCUGUUUCGCGCGUCCGAUGUAAGUGCGCCCGUCGGUCUCGCUCCCGCAAGCGCCUCGGCAUGGAUGCACCGCGAGGACAUCAUGCAUCGAGUGGCAGGGAAUCAUGUCAUCUUCACUACCCGGCUCGAAGAGUUUCGAGGAACAGCCCAUACCGGAAGGCCUCGGGGCAUGGCCUCUGCUCUGAUCCUCGCCGGAAACAGGGAGUACUUAGCGCGCAACAAAAAAGGCAUUAUUGUCGACGACCUCCAACGUCGCAUCUUGAAUGCCAAUCCCGACUUCAAUAUGGACGAGGACGGGUUCAUCAGAAUCCCAGUGUCAAAAACCAAAACCAGAGUGCAGUUCUACGUAAACAAUCACGGAAAUGAGACAUGGCAUCUUGCCCGGCCUCCGUACUUGGGAGCAGGGAACCCGGCGGUCUCAAUAAUUGGAAGGCGAGGCGAAUCCAGUCGGACCGAGGUUGAGCUGGAACCAGACAACGCGCAGUUCUACGAGCUUAUGGUGAACCCGAAACAUCAUGGAUACGUUCGACUAUAUGUGAUCUUCUUUUUCAGAGAAGACUUUGUCAUUUGCAGAUACAUCUCGCUCAAAUUCGAAGACGCGGAAAUCGCGAAAGACGUUGCGGAAAUGAAGCCCGUCGCUCCAUACGUGAAGAAACCCAGGAAGCGCAUCAGCGAACUAAUGUCCGUGAGAACAAACAUUGUGCGAGGAGUCGCACCCCGCAAGUUCGACCCUGGACGCUUCCCUGUCAAGCUCCCGCAGUACAACAUCCCACAAGCCGUGUUAGAUAUGGCGGAGACUAAUGCGUGUCGCAACCAAAAUGUGACCUUGAUGCCUGACAACCACCAGAACACGUUCAGCCUGCUUUUGCAUCUUGAGGAGAUUCAGAUGUGGUCAGAUAUCCGACAAUAUGAUAUGAAGAACGCUCAACUGCAGCAGGUUGGCAGUUAUUUGACUCUCGAAGUUCCUGGGCUCGCUGAGAAGCGUCCUUCUGUGCUAUACGGCGACAAGAUAUAUGUUCGGCUUGCCGGGCAAUCAGUCGCUCGCGAAUACGAGGGAUAUGUGUGGCGAGUGCAAAAGGAGGAGGUCUACCUCAAGUUCAGCCCCACAUUCGUAAACAACAUCUGGAUAGCCGGAAUGCUUCUCGACGUCCGAUUCACCUUCUGCCGCACGCCCUUGCGACGCCAACAUCUGGCUAUCAGCAAACUGAAUGAUGUGUCUCCUGAGCUGCGGUUCCCGGAGGUUGCGCCUUCGGCCCCGUUGACUCUGAAGGCUAUCAGUCAGGUCAACACUAGGCUUAAUGCUGAGCAGAUGCAGGCUGUUAAAUAUGUGGCGAAUCAUGCAAACCAGGGCGUGCCUUACUUGAUCUGGGGCCCACCGGGAACUGGCAAGACCUCUGUCUUGGUAGAGGCCAUCAUUCAGACCGCGAGAUUGAACCCUCGUGCACGCAUCCUCGCCAUGGCACCAAGCAAUUCGGCGGCUGACCAGAUCGUCGAGAGACUAGACAAGAUCUUCCGCCCGAGCGAGAUGUACCGUCUCAAUGCGUACAAGCGAUCGAAAGAGGAUGUCAGCGCCGUUGCCAUGGAGUACAGCACCUACAACGAAAAGGACGGCGUAUUCGAGCUUCCGGAACCCAAAUUCAUAGAAGCCAAGCGCGUUGUUGUGUGUACCCUGAUUUCCGCCGGUUAUCUAGUGGCUCUAGGCAUCCCUAGGGGGCAUUUCACCAAAUGGUUUGUCGACGAGGCAGGCCAGGCCACCGAACCCGAGUUCUGGAUCGGCCUAUCGGGUCUCAUCGACACAAAGAAUCCGACGUCCCAGCUCUGCAUUGCGGGAGACCCCAAGCAGUUGGGACCCAUCCUGCGAUCCCGAGACGCCAUUCAACUGGGGCUUGCAAAGUCCUUCUUGGAGCGGUUGACGGAAUGCCCGCUGUAUCAAUCGGAUAAGGAGCGGAAUGCCACACCCUCGGGAUAUAACCCGCACGUGGUCACUAUGCUUACGCGGAACUAUCGGUCCCAUCCCGCCAUUAUUGACCUGCCGUCAAAACGCUUCUACAACGGCAUUCUGGAAGCGUCUGCAGAUGUGUUGGAGCGCGAAUCGCUCUGCAAGUGGGAGGGCCUUCCAACCAAAGGGUUCCCGAUCAUGUUCCAUGCUGUGCAAGGAAAGGAUGAGAGAGAGGGAGAUAGCCCGUCAUGGUUCAACCGAGACGAAGCAGCUAUAGUCGCGAAAUACAUCUCCAAAUUGCGCGACGCACGCGGCGGACUCGGCAUCGACACCUCCCAAAUCGGCGUUAUCGCGCCGUACAGGAAGCAAGUCCAGCGCAUCCGCGCGCUCCUGAAAGGCAAAGGCCACAUCGGCGUCAAAACAGUGGCAGUGGAAGAAUUUCAAGGCCAAGAACGCCGCAUCAUCAUCAUCUCCACCGUCCGCUCCACACUGGAUUUCGUCGACCACGACACGAAAUUCAAUCUCGGGUUCUUGCGGAACCCGAAACGUUUCAAUGUGGCGAUUACCCGCGCCAAAGCGUUGCUUAUUAUCAUCGGAAACCCGGUUGUGUUGCAGGACGAUCCCAACUGGGCCGCGCUGAUCAACUUUUGUCGGGACAAUACGGCCGUCUGUGGGGAUGAUCCGGGACCGAGGGCUGGAACCCGGCCACCGUCGCCAGGUGAGAUGCGCAGCCGCACGGUUUCGAAUGAGGAGAGUGCGGAUGUCUUUGAUGAUCCGGAGUGGAAUUGGGUGGAUUGAUAGGGGUCUUGAGGAAAUGGCGGGUGGGCCGUUGAAGCUGGCGUAGGAGUAGUUCCGGUUUUCUGGAAACGAUGGAAGGGCAUGUCUCUUUAGUAGCCCGUGUGUGACACGGAAGUUCAAAGACUGGAAGGUCUAUCUGUAUAUAGCAUCAUUCAUGAGGGUAGUCGUAGCAUUGCCAUAUGUAGGAGACAGCGAUUUGCACAUGGACUGUACGUCUUGUGCGCAUGUCGUGAAGCAGCUUCUCACGUACGCAUAGGUUUGAAGCUUGAAGUGCAAUUUGGAGGCGAGCCAGAGUGGCGGAGUCUGGUGGAGAUUGUGACAGCGCGUGUGCUGUCAAUACACUACGGCAAACAGCGUACACAAAUUUAACCUUCUUGUCGUGAG